AUGACGAAAGUCUUGUUGACAGGCGGAUCGGGCUUCAUUGCCGCACAUAUCCUCGAGCUGCUCCUUCAGCGUGGCCACGAGGUUGUGACCACCGUCAGGUCAGAUGACAAGGCCUCUAAGAUUCGCGAUGCGCACCCAAAUGCAAAGCUCGCUGUGGUGAUUGUGCCAGACAUUGCCAAGUCAGAUGCAUUUGAUGAGGUUGUGAAGACUCCGGGUCUCGAGGUGGUUCUUCACACCGCCUCCCCAUUCCAUUACAACUGGACUGACCCUAAGACCGAGUUGUUGGACCCAGCAAUCAUUGGUACCACAUCGAUUCUCAAAGCCAUCAAGAAAUCUGCCCCAGGCGUGAAGCGCGUUGUCAUCACCAGCUCAUUUGCUUCUAUCCUUUCGGAGAAGGGACUUGCCGAUCCCAAGAAGGUCUUUUCCGAAGCCGACUGGAACCCCAACACAUACGAGGAUGGCCUGAAGGAUAACAAAGCCACAUCAUACCGGGUUUCCAAGACCAUUGCUGAGAAGUCGGCAUGGAAGUUUAUCGAGGAGGAGAAGCCCAACUUUGAUCUCGCAACCGUCUGUCCCCCGCUGGUCUUCGGCCCUAUCGUGCACCACCUCAACUCGCUCUCGGCCAUCAACACCUCCAACCAGCGCUUUGUCGAUCUGAUCCAGGGCAAAUUCAAGGACGAGAUCCCGCCAACCGGCGUCUACUUCUGGGUUGAUGUGCGCGACGUUGCGCUGGCGCACGUUGAGGCAUUUGAGCGCCCUGAAGCUGGUGGGAAGCGUUUCUUCACUACGGCCGGCAAGUUCAACAACCGCGAGGUCGUGGCCGCGGUCCGCAAGAACUUCCCCGAGCUGAAGGACAAGCUCCCGUCCGAAGGUGUCAAGGGUGGCGACUAUCCUGAGGGAGGCGUCUAUGGUUACGAUAACUCACGGGCCACCAAGGAGCUCGGUAUCAACUGGAUCUCGAUCGAGAAGAGUUCGGUUGAUACUGUCAAGAGCCUUCAGGCCGUAGGCGCAUAG